UUAAACUACUUGUCUUUCAACCCACUGCUAAAGCUCUCCUCGAGUUCGUGUUUAAAAAGUCUGAAUUUAACAGUAUAAACUUCGCAGUGAAAAAGACACCUAGGACAUUGUUUAAAUCAGGAGCGGCUAUUUCAAUUACUGGGCUACUAGGUGCCGUCUCGUGUGUUCGUUCAUUAAUAUUCCGGUUUUUUAGUACAAGUCUGAUCUUUGACUUGGACAAUUCUGGACUAGAUGAACCUCACUGAACUUUUCAAGUGGCUUUUCUUUUAAUGGCUGUUAAUUCAGUUAUCCCAUCAGAACUACGUCAAUUAAGAGCCUGCUUAUUAUGUGGUCUAGUGAAAACUCUUAACCAAUUUCAACUAAACGGAUGCGAAAACUGUGAGGACUUUCUAAAGAUGCAAGGAGACCGAGAAAAGGUAUACGAAUGUUCUUCUGCCAACUUUGAUGGUUUACUUGCUAUGAUGUCACCAAACGACAGUUGGGUCGCCAGAUGGCAGAUGAUUGAUAAACUUACGCCAGGUGUUUAUGCUAUCAGUGUUUACGGAUCUCUUCCUAGUGAUAUAGUGCACUAUUUACGAAGCAAAGGGAUUUCUUAUCGAUCAUUAGACAAAAGUGGUAAAUAGUGUCUUCCUCUGCUACGUGCAUUCAUCAACAUGGACAUUGAGUAUUGUCUAUUGAAUUUCAUCAGAUAAAACCUUGGUAUGAAAUCAAGCUAUUAGUUAUCUUCAUGUACAAAACCCCUUUUCUAGAAAAAAGUAAGAUCAAACUGUAAAAAUACACCACUCUCCUGAAUAACUGCCGUAUUUUAUUAAUAAUUAAACCUAUGCUUAGAAAUUGACUUUUCUCUAAAAA